UAUGUUGUUAACGUCUUUAACUAAGUUAAUUGUAUUCAGCAAAGCUUUUGAUUUCUUUUAAAUUAAUUGUGUACAUGUAUGAAUGUAUGAUAAUUUAUUAUAAAAUACUUUCUCUAUUCAUACAUCUCAUAUGUACGAUUUGGAAUGUAAAGAAUUUAAAGGAUUGUAUUGUUGUUCGUUUAAAUAUAGAUACUACAUAAUACCAGUGGCUAUAAAUAGGAUCAAGGUGAAAUUUGUGACAACGAAACUACUAAUUUGUCGUUUUCUUAAUUUAAGUGUAGGUUUAUAAUACAUUUUGUACUAAAACAGUUGUCUACCGUUGCAUUGAACUCCCCAGUAACGAUAUGGAUAGUGAAAGUUUAUGUAAUAGUUCAGAGGAUUUAUUUUUCUUUAAGACAAGAAAUAAAUAUCCGUAUAAUUCGAGUACAUUUGGAAGUUCUAGUUCAGGAGAUACAUUCAACUUAAAACUACGAAAUGGGAAGUUAAGGACUGCAAUCAACGCUCUGACGGAUGCUUUCAAAAUGGUAAUGGCGACCAUUGACCAUUUAAUCCAGAAACCAGUUGACAUUUUAAUGGCUGGCGUAGAUCCUGAAAAUUCAACAAACAGAACGAAUCUCAAAAAGUCAGAAUCGGAAUUGCAAAAAGUGGCAUUUCUUCUGCAGGAUGGACUUAAACGGAUGAGAGAAGCCAUGCAAGAACAAAGCAGAGCAAUUAAGGUUUUGUCCGAGUUAGAACAAUUUACACCUGGACACAGUAAAUCACCAGAUGUAGAACAAAGUUCAGUAAAAAGUGAAACAGUUAGUCCUUUGUCAGAGAUGGAUAACGUGUCUGAACAACAGGAAAAUGAACAAACAUUAGCAGAGAAAUGUAAAAUUCAAAACCAAUGGGAAGCAAUACAACAGGUGUGUGAUGCAGGCAAAAUCAAUGCUCAAACAAUAUGUAACCAUCAACGAUUAGAACAGGAACGAAAUUCUGAAAAAUGUAGAGAUAUGCAGUCUUUCACAAAUGAAGAGAACAUUCUUGGUCGUGGAAAUCAAGACCCCACAGCAUUCAACAGAGACGACGACUUAACACACGAAACUAAAGAAAUAUCUUUACCGAUGGGUUGGAGUUAUAAUUGGACAUUUCGUGGUAGAAAAUACUACAUUGAUCACAUUAAGAAAACUACACACUGGAGUCAUCCUCUUAUAAAAGAUAGUCUGCCAACUAACUGGGAUAGAAUUGAGUCCCUAAAACAUGGCGUUUAUUAUGUCAAUCUUCUUACGAAAACUGCUAAGUAUGAACACCCGUUCGUGCAAUCACCAUUUCAAGAUGAAGAAAAUCAAACGACUUUGGAACACAUCUCGGAGAAUACUCAAAAACAACAACUUAAAUUGGUUCCUGGAAAAGCAUACCGAACACACGCAAUGCCUUACUGGUUGCACGCUUACUUAAAAGACAGACAGCGAUGUGAUCAUAUGGUGAAAUGAUAGAGUAUAUUUUCAACCAGGAUAAAAUGGAAU